GGGCUGAGCUGGAGAGCCACACUCCUGCACUAGGCUGGUCCCAGCCGGGCCCUAGAUUCUAAGCCCAGCCUCCUCACACCUGAGAUCUCGGACUCCUCCCUCCGCCUCUGCCUGCUGAGUGGUGAUAUAUGGUAGCCCCAUGCCCAGCUGGCAUGCAGAAUCCCUAGUGACCUUUGAAGGAGUGCUCGGCUGGGGAUGUGGUACAGUGGUUGGUUCAGUGCCUGUUGAGCAUGCGCAAAGCCCUGAACUUGAUCUCCAGCCUCAGGUAAACCGGGCGUGCCUGUGAUACCAGCCCUGGGAAGGAAGAGACACUUACCUUGAGAGUCAUUGCCCCCCUCACGUGUCUAGUGAGUCCAGAACCAGGCUGGGCUAUCUGAGACCGUCCAAAGGAAAGCGAGAGUGAGGCAACGAUCAAGAGAGACAGAGAAAAGAAGGAAGGGAAGGAGGGAGGGAAGGAUGGAUGGACAGACAGAUGCAUGCUGAGUGCCUGUGCUGGGCUCUGCUAAGCCGAGUCCUCCUGCAGCUCUGCAGGGAAGUGGGAAGGAGAGGGCAGCAGAGCCCAGGGAGCCAAGUGUGGUGUGAAGGGCAGAGUGUAGAGGGAACCCAGCAGGGCAGAAGAGAUGCUGAGCGGGGUGAGAAAUCUCUCAUCUUGGCCAGCAAAGGCAGCAGCCAUCCUGGGAGUAACAAUAGUCUGGAUGUCCAGGUGUUUUCCGCUGGGCCUGGAAUCGUGGCUGCCUCUUAUGCCCACUUCUGUGUCACUGAUCUCUGCAACAACGCGAACAGCAGCAGUGUCCUUCUGGACUCCCUGUCACUUCCAGACUCUGAGCUGGGAACCACCCAGUGUCCUGUCUGCUUGCACUUCCGGGGUUCCUGCGCCCAGCAUACCGCCUUUGUUGUCUGCCCUAAGGGCACUCAUUGCUAUUUAAGUGACAUGACUGUUGAAGGAGGUGGGGUCAAUGCUGCCUUUAGUCUUGAUGGAUGCCUGAGUGACUUUGCCACAAACGUAUUGAAAGGCCAAACUUCAAUUGGGAUCUUCUCCGCUAUGGAAGCUUCUGAUUCACAUAGCAGUGUUUCAUCCUCACGUGUCCUUGUCCCGAGCCCCCUCCUGGCCUGGAUGUUUGGGCUCAGCCCUCUUCUCAGCCCGUUGUUUGCAGAGAUCUGUCCUCUCUCCUGAGCCCAUUUCCCUGUCAGUCUCAAUCCCUCCUGGCCACCCAUACCCAGCCCUCCUCUGACUUCAUAACCCAAAGACCUGAGACUGGGCGCUGUCGCCUGCGCUGUCGGGCCUCAUCCCUCAGCCACACACCUCGGCCUCCUCCUGCUUAGAUAUGGGAGCCACUGGACUCACCCGGCUCCAGAGCAGACGGCCACGCACUGACCACACAUGUGGAAAAAUAAAGUUGCUGUU